AGAAAUAUAGCCCGCCCCGCUCCUGGUACAGAGAGUUUCGAACAGAGGAGGCGUUUGAUUAGACAGAGGGUAAGGCUGCAAGCUGUGAAGGACCGACCAGGUGAAAUGGAGAAGGUGAGCGUAGCAGUCAGAGUGAGACCCGCGAGGGGUGAAGACAGCAAUCAUGGAACCUUCUGGAAGGUAGAAGACAAUAGGAUCUCCCUCCACAAGAUUCAUGGCACCCCCAUUUCCGGCCUCUCCUUCGCUUUUGAUCACGUCUUUGAUCAGGAGUCAUCAAAUUCUAGGAUUUAUGAGUUGGUCACGAAGGAUAUUAUUCAUGCUGCUCUUGAAGGCUUCAAUGGAACUGCAUUUGCGUACGGGCAGACAAGUAGCGGCAAGACCUUUACCAUGAAUGGUUCUGAGAAUGAUGCUGGAAUCAUUCAACGUGCAGUGAAUGAUAUAUUUACCAAAAUUCACAUGACCACUGAUAGGGAAUUCCUGAUUCGAGUCUCAUACAUGGAAAUUUACAAUGAAGAAAUAAACGAUCUUUUUGCUGGUGGAAACCAGAAGCUCCCCAUCCAUGAAAGUUUGGAGCGUGGAGUAUUUGUAGCAGGUCUGAGGGAGGAAAUUGUGAACUCUGCUGAACAAGUACUUGAACUCAUCGAACGUGGAGAAGACAAGAGGCACUUUGGGGAAACUAACAUGAAUGUACGAAGUAGCAGGUCACACACCAUCUUUCGGAUGGUUAUUGAAAGCAAGGGGACAAAUAAUUCAGAAGAUGCAGUUCGUGUGUCCAUUUUGAACUUAGUAGACUUGGCAGGCUCUGAAAGGAUUGCCAAAACUGGAGCCGGGGGAGUUCGCCUCAAAGAAGGAAAACACAUUAAUAAAAGCUUAAUGGUUCUUGGCAAUGUCAUCAACAAAUUAAGCGAAGGUUCUAGGCAAAGGGGGCAUAUUCCUUACCGUGAUAGCAAACUCACACGUAUACUUCAGCCUGCACUUGGUGGUAAUGCCAAAACUUCCAUAAUAUGCACUGUAGCACCAGAAGAGGUUCACAUUGAAGAAACGAAGGGCACCCUACAAUUUGCUAGUAGAGCUAAACGUAUCACCAAUUGCGUUCAAGUGAAUGAGAUAUUGACAGAUGCUGCAUUAUUGAAGAGACAAAAGCUUGAAAUAGAGGAAUUACGCCAGAAACUUGAGGGAUCCCACUCUGAAGUGCUUGAACAACAGAUUUUGAAAUUGAGAAAUGAUUUGCUGAAGUCUGAACAGGAGCAUGAGAGGCUUGCUAUGGAGUUGGAGGAGGAAAGGAGAUUGAAGAAGGAGCGUAUUAUGGAUGAACAGAGGAAACUGGAUGAGCCUUGCAACCAUCCAACUCUUUCAGAUACUAAUGGUUUUGCCGCCACUCAGAAUAUUUCCAGACAAAGCGUUAAGGAGGAUAACAGAGGCACAAGCCAGGAUGAUGCUUUUAGUACGCCGUGUUUUAAAAAAGUUCCCGAUGCUUUUGUUGCUCGGCGAUCAAACUACUCUCGGCAGCCCGAAUGCAGUCCUCUUCCGGAUGCACUUGAUGCCUUUGCCAAUGAAGAUACAUGGGCAAAAAUGAACAAGGGCUAUGUGGCUGAUCUUGAUGCCACCCCUCUAAGGACCCCCGCUCUAAAGAGUCUGUCUUUGGCUAAGGGUGCUGAGAAUGGUUCACCCAUCCAGGAUUACAAACAAGAGGUGGAGAAUCUUCAGAGAGAGCUGAAGCAAGUGUUAAAAGAAAGAGAUGAAUUCAAGAUGAAUCAUAUCAAACAAGAAUCAGUUAAUGAGGAUUUAACGAGAGAGAUUUCUCUACUUCGGCAAGAGGCAUCCCUUGUUCAGGAAAUCCCCAAAAGACACUCUGAAGCUGUCAGAAUAUGCAAAGAUAUUUACAAGGAUGUCAUAUCAAUAAUACAGAACUGUGUAACCAAUCAGAAGUCACCAACCGCCGAGUUACUUUCUACCACAAGUGAUAUUGGAAUCUCCCUUUUUUCAACUCUUGAAUCUAGCUUCAAGAUGAGUAGUGGUGGAGAUAUAUCCUCCUUAGAUGGGAAUGGUUUUUCAUUUGAAGAGCAGCGGAAUAUGCUUUAUAUGAGAGCGAAUAGUACAUUAUCUUCAAUCAGAAGCCAACUUCCAGAGAAUGAAUCAAACAGCAGCAAACAUAAGGUAGCUGCCUGGUCACUACAGAUAACCAGAUGUCACACCUUCGUUUUUAUACUCUUCUCCAUUCUCACCAUGGGAUACUACUAUCUUCUUUGAGGCUGUAAGGGGUCUACUCUGGAGCAAGAUAUUGAUAGUUGGAAGAAGAAGCUUGAGGAAGAAGUUCUAACAAUGAACGAAAGAUGCUGCAGCUUGGAGAGAGAAUUGGAGGCUAGUAACCAACUUGUUAUGGAUUCCAGGGAAAGAUAUAACAGUUUAGACAAACAGUUUUCUGUUUUGAAAGAAGAGAGAGAUACUUUGAUUGAAAGAGUUACAGACUCUACUCAAAAGGUUGCUCACCUUAUGGAACAAAAAGAAAAGGUUCUGAAGAAUUUGAGUGUCGAAGAGCGGAGGAGGAGAGAACUUGAAGAAGACAUUACAGACUUCAGCCAUGCUUUUACGCGCAGACAGAAAACGCUUAUGACCCUUCAGAGUGACUUCAGAUCUAUAAUUGAUAACUUUAAGGCUCAGAAUCCAGUUCCUGGAUCAGUAUCUCUUCUUGGAUUAUAAAAAUGGCUAAUUUUGGUUGUUUAUCUCGUAUAGCCAUUGUCAUUGAGCUCUCUUGGCAAAAUGUGAGAAUCCUCAAUAGAACCCCAGAAACUUCUCAUCGAGAGCGGUUCAUAUACUACUAACUGCCAAUGCAACUUCAUGUAAAAUAUUAUUCAAGAUUUUUUGUACUAUCUUGUUAUUUAAGUGGUGUUUGUUUCACCUAUAUACCCCUCAACCCCUUUUGUUGUUUUGAGCACCAGAAAUUAGAAGAGUUGGUUUUUGAUGGAGUAAAGGGUCAGUUUGGUCCUCGAAG